UUACUGCGCAUGCGUGAAUAAGUAUUUCCUACCUCAUUGGUGGGAGGAGCGGGAAGCAGCUGUGUGUUGUGGAAGUGUACAUCCGAGGGAGCUGCACACCUCUGUCAUGGGAAGGAGGUAUUUCUGCGACUAUUGUGACCGCUCUUUCCAGGACAAUCUACACAACCGUAAGAAACAUCUCAAUGGAGUGCAACACCAGAAGUGUAAGAAAGUGUGGUAUGACCUGUUCAGAGAGGCUGCUGAAAUCCUUGCAGAAGAGGAAUGUAAGAAAUUAUGCAGACGGUUCCUUCAGACGGGUCAUUGUGACUUUGGUCCUUCCUGCCGAUUUUCACACAUGAGUGCACAGGAUUUGGGUGAACUAAAGGCUAAAGUGGAAACGGAGAGAAAGCUGAAGGAGGAGAAAAACCGACAGAUCCCUCCUUGCAGGGUUGAUGCUUGGCUUAAAGAGAGAGCAGAGAAAGAAAGCGCUCACAGUGAAAGUUCCUCUGCAUCAGAACGUCCCAUCUACCGUCUGCCACCCGGUUGGCCACCGCUUUGUGAGCUGCCACCAUCACUCCAUCCCCCCACACCCGCAGACUGGAGUGAAUCCGAGGAUUUGGAGUGGGGCUGAUGUUGAGGAGCCACCUGCAAACCUUGAAAGAAGAGUAGAAUAUUACUACGGAUACACUUUCAAUGAAAGCUAUUUUGCAAAUAAUAUUUUUAUAUUGAAACCCCUAUUGUUAUUCAUAAAUAGACCCCUCCCAGAAGAUGUUACAAGCCUAAAGUGUGGGAUCAACUUUUUUGUGAACUGACAAAUCCUAACCAUUUUAUUUAUUUAGAACUGCUUCUGUAUAGCACAGCAGCAUCACCAAUAAAUGAGAAAAAUGCAGCCAUUCAAACGUG